AUGAGCGCCUUGCCGCCGCCGCCGCGGCCGCCGCUGCUGCUGCUGCUCGCUCUCCUGGCCGCGCCCGCCGUCCUCGCUCGCAGAGCCGAGUCCGCCUCGGCCUCACAGCCCGAAGCGGAGCACCAGCCUCCGCCCAGCCCGGGGAAUGUCACCCGGUUGGGAUCUGGCGUGGCGGGCGGGGGCGGCUCCAACAGCAGCGGCGACGCUGUGGUGACCCGUCUCUCCAGCCUGCUGCGUGACCUGCCCACGCUGAAGGCGGCGGUGAUCGUGGCGUGCGCCUUCAGCGCGCUGCUCAUCGCCUGCCUGCUGCUGCGCGUCUUCAGGUUGGGAAAGAGGUUGAAGAAGACCCGCAAGUAUGACAUCAUCACCACUCCUGCUGAGCGUGUGGAGAUGGCCCCACUGAAUGAGGAGGAUGAUGAGGACGAGGACGCCACAGUAUUUGACAUCAAGUAUAGAUAAAACUUUUCGGGCGCGUCGGCAUCCUGGGGGAAGCUGGUCGGCUGCAGCCUGGGAUAUGAAGGUCUGGGCACCGUCUCUCACCUGAGGUGUUGAAACCAAACCCAAAGUUAUUUAUGAAGCUCUGGCUCCACUCUGUGUGUCCAGCAACUGCUUGGAAUGUCACCAUCAAGCUUGCCCCCUGUCGCCCCAGCCACCCCUGGAUGCCCCUUUGAAAUGCUCUUUGCCCUCCUUCCUUGAGGGGUUUUCUACCUUUCUAAGAGGUGAAGAUGGGAACAUCAAUUUCAAAGAAUUUUUCUACAACUGUAAUAAUAGUAAGGCUACAAUUAGGAGGAUUAAUAAUUUUAAGAAGCAGGGCGAGGGAGAUAGCUUAGCUCAUAACCUGAUUACCUUAUGAGCAGGGGACAUGAGUUUUGUCCCUAGAGCUCACAUUAAAAUAAAUCAAAACUAGUGUGAUGGCCCACACCUCUAGUUCAGUACUGGGGAGAGAGGUGAAUCCCUGGGGUUGACUGCUCAGCCAGCCUAGCCUAAUGAGCAAGUUCCAGUGAAGACACCUGGUCACAGAAACGUUGGAUGACUCCAGAGGGACAAUGCCCAAGGUUCGUUUCUGGCCCCUACACGUGUUUACCAGCAUAGACACAGACAGACAGACAGACACACACACACACACAGCCCCUAUAUCCCUCAAAAGCCUGAAGGACCUUCAGAUGCACUUAGGAGAAUCCUGACAUUUUGUUCUCCCAAAUCUUUCCAUCAUCAUCAAAUCUGGCUUUUUUUGGGGGAUAGCUAUGUGAUAUUUCAGAGUGGACAUCCAAGUUCCUCACCCCACCUCACCCUUUCUAAGAGGUUCGGCAUAAAUAGCUAUGGCUAUUCCACAAACCAAUUUCCAAUUUUUUCAGGGAUCAGACCACGUGGGUGAGUGUGUGUAUGGAUGUGUAUACCUAUUUCUCUUCUCAUGGGAAUGGACAGUGCCAGGCAGCUUUUGGUCGUGUUUGUGUGUGUGUGUGUACUAGAAAAAUGUUCCUUUGUCCUGCCUCAGUGCUGUGUUGUCUGCCUUAGGAACGUAGUGCUAAGAAGAAAUCACUGUGGUAAUUUAAAUGAAUGGUAGCUGAAAAGGAAGAAACAAAGAACUUUGUCAGGGACCCUGUUGGAAGUCAGUCCAGGCUAGGCCGAACUAGACUCCUGGGCCCACGCGCCUAGCCUGGGAGCGGGGUACCCAGGGAUGCCCUGAGGAAACAGGUCCCAGACUGGCUGCUCAGGUUAGUGGAGGCCUCCCGUUGGCUUCCCCCCAGUUUCUGUAGCUGGUAUGCAAAUCUAAUAGUAGUGCCUUUGGGAUCCUAGGAAUGGAGUAUGUCUGAAAAGGUGGCCGCCGUUACCGCCUUGUUUCCUUUUCUGUCUUUGUUCUAAGGUUUGUGUACUUGUCUGUUUGAUGCCCUGCUCCGUUGCUUUGGAUGAAAACCCCUACCUUGGCCAGCUCUGCCCUACCGUCAGACUUUACAGUCCCUGACUGGGGCUGGGGUGGUGGCAGUAGGUGGAAAGGGCCACCCUGGCUCCGGAGCCUGGCUGGGCACGGGUGCUUUGCAACCCCGACCCAUCGUGAGGGGUGCUGUUCUUCUGGGCUCCCUUUAUCUUGCUUCUCAGUUGACUUCUCUCAACCUUCUGCCCUGUUGGCCAGAGGGGUGGGGCUGGAAACAGAGCAGGUGGCUCACUCCCCUCACUGGGUACUCACAGCACAGUGGGGAAUCUAGGUAGCUGGCCACCUUGAAGCUGUGCACCCUACCCUCUCAGCCUUGGGAGCUGGGACUGCCACCUGCCAUUCAAGGGUCCCGGGACUACAGCUGAACCUUCUAGAAAAGCUGGAUUCUCCUGCCUUAUGUGUGAACACCAUGGUUCCGGUUGCCAAUCACUCAUCACUGACUCCAGCAAGAAUGGCAGGACAGCAACCUUCCAGAUCCUUGAUGGAACUUCAACACUAUGGGCGCUUAAAUAAAGAUCCUUAAAACAAAC